CCAGAGUCUUCCGCAAACCUCGUCUCCUCCUUCUCUCUUCUCCCUCCUUCUCUCUUCUCCCUCCUUCUCUCUUCUCCCUCCUUCUCUCUUCUCCCUCCUUCUCUCUUCUCCCUCAGCUGCCCGUUUCAGUCCUGGCAACUUAAUCCUCAAUCACCAAUUUUCGAAUUGAGCAUCCACAUCAUGACAAUCGCGAUGGAGCCCCAAUAUCUUGACGCCUUGGUCGUCGGUGCUGGCUUUGGGGGUAUUUAUCAGCUUAAGAAGCUGCUUGAUCAAGGCCUCAAUGUCAAAGGCAUUGAUAUGGCAGACGAUGUCGGAGGCACUUGGCACUGGAAUCGCUAUCCAGGCGCCAUGUCUGACACCAUGUCCUUCCUGUACAGGUAUUCCUGGGACCAUGAAGAUCUCGUAUCAUACCCAUGGAGCCACCACUAUCUCCAAGGCCCAGAGAUUCUAGCAUAUCUAAAGCACGUUGUUAAGAAGUACGAUCUGCGAAAGCAUUUCCAGUUCGAAACGGAACUUCUCGCUGCGCAAUGGAACGAAGAAGAACUCCGAUGGGUCGUCACGCUAUCGACAAAGGAGGUCCUCAAAGUCAAGUAUCUCGUCACAGCACUCGGCUUGCUCUCCAAAACCAAUUUCCCAGCUUUUCCAGGCCUCGACAAGUUCGCAGGCGAGCUCUACCACACCGCCCGAUGGCCUCAAAAUGCGGACCUCAAAGGCAAGCGUGUAGGCGUUAUCGGGAACGGCUCGACAGGCGUGCAGCUUAUCACGGCACUUGCAAAAGCUGAAGAGGUCAAGCAAUUACUCUCCUUUCAGCGCAACCCACAAUAUAGCGUCCCAGCCGGCAAUGGUCCCGUCUCAACCCAGCACCGCAAACACUUGAACGAGACAUACGAUCAAGUCUGGGACCAAGCUAAAAAUAGCCUGUUUGCCUAUGGCUUUGAUGAGGAGCUCAAUCGACCCGCCACUAGUGUCAGUCCUGAGGAGCGGGAGCGUAUCUUCGAGGAGGCGUGGCAGCAAGGCAAUGGUUUUCGCUUCAUGUUUUGGACAUUUAGUGAUAUAACUGUCAAUGAAGAAGCAAAUAUCGCGGCUUCUGACUUCAUCAGGAACAAAAUCCGCCAGACGGUCAAGGACCCAGAGAAGGCGAGAAAGCUCUGUCCGACGGAAUGGUACGCUCGACGGCCGCUUUGCGAUAGUGGAUACUAUGAGCAGUUCAACCGCGAGAACGUUGAUAUCGUGGAUAUUAAGACCAAUCCCAUUACUGAGCUUACUGCGACUGGCAUCAAGACUGCAGACGGCAAGCUCUACGAGCUCGACGUCAUUAUCUGCGCAACUGGUUUUGACGCUGUUGACGGGAAUUACACACGCAUUGCCAUACAAGGACGAAACGGCGGGACGCUGAAAGACCAUUGGUCUAAGAUGGGCCCGACAUCGUACCUUGGUCUCUCAGUGCCUAAUUUUCCCAACCUCUUUUUGAUAACUGGUCCUAACGGCCCGUUCUCUAACCUCCCUCCUGCGAUUGAGUGUCACGUCGAGAUCAUCACUGACCUGAUCGCACGAGCCGAGAAAAAUGAGCUUCCAAAGGCCGCCAUUGGCACCAAUGGCUACACAAAUGGCUACAUGAACGGCCACGCAAAAAGCCACACCCAUGGCAUUGUCGAGGCCCUCUCCGAGGCCGAGCAAGAAUGGACGACGCGAUGCGACGAACUGAGCUCGAAGAGUCUCUUCCGGCGUAUUGACUCUUGGAUCUUUGGAAAGAAUGUGCCGGGGAAGAAGGGGACUACGAUGUUUUUCUUUGCAGGGCUGGGCCCGUACAGGAGGAUUGCGAAGGAGAUUUUGGAUGAUGAUUUGAGAGGUUUUAGGCGAUUCUGAGGUAACAGUGGUUUGAUUGAUAAAAUAAGACUGGUUUUUGUUUGCAAAUGUUCAUUUCGUGUCUCAAAGGAGGAUACUCUGUAGCUAUUUCACAGUAUAUAUCAAUGAGAAGUAUUUCAACAGAUCUCUG